AUGCCUGAUAUUUCAUUUCACGUGGUAAUAUUAUAUAUAUUAGUAACAAAUAAUAAUGUGUUAUGUUCUCAAAAAAUAACAUUCCUAAGAGGAAAUUGUUCAAACUACAUUCUUGCAUGGGUAGAUCGACUUUGCAUACCAAAAGUUUUUCGCAAGGAACUCAACGAUUUAUUAGUUCGUCAGGAUCCAAAACUUAUCGAUAAAGUGCUUACUGAAUUUCCCGUAGAUCCUAAUUAUUUCAAAAAGACAGCUAUUAAGAAAACUAAACAAAAGAAAACUGUAGCUAACCAAUUAGUUGAGGCUGACGCAGAAUCAGUGACAUCGGAUUCUGAAGAGGAGGACAACCUUACCAAGGCUGAUUUUGAUUACGCAAAACCUACAACAGUCAAUCACGUCAAGCUCGGUGCUCAUGUUAAUUACAAAGAUUGUGUAUAUUUAGUAACUUACACGCAGCAUAUAUCUCAAGGUCGUGGUAAAGGUCACUUUAAAUUGAAAUUGAAAAAUAUUAAAACUGAUAAGGAAGGCAAUUUUUCAUUUUCCGAUACAUCAAAAUUAGAUGUAAUAAUUCCAUCCAAACUUUCUUGCAAAUUCGUAAAUGUUGACCCUCAAAGUGGUAACUAUAACUUUGUUAGAGUUGAUAAUGGUAAAUUAGUUGUUAUGCCAAAAAAUCACCAUAGCCCCUAUCGCAAAUAUCUAAAAGAAGAUUUACAUUGUACCUUACUCAGAUUUAAAGACACUAUUCUUUCAUUAACUAUUCCCUUUAGCAUUGAUUAUAGGGUUAUUAAGCUUGACACGUGCAAUUUUGCUGCAACGCUUGAAAAUAAUUUGGUUAUUACAGUUCCUACAUAUAUUAAAGUCGGUGAUAUCGUACAAAUCAGCACCACAAAAGGUGAAUUUAUGAAAAGAAUCAUUAAUAAAUAA